AUGGCAACUAAACAUAACAAGCAUGACAUCGACCAUGUGUACAGCUUGAACACAGAGUUCACCAGUAACAAGAAGAUAAAGAGGUUUGAUACUCGACUUGAUACACUCUGGGACACGCUACAGGAGCUAGCAUGGUCAUAUGAGACCAUUCAGAUAUCCCAAAGUCGUGUGACCACACUAUUCAGAAGGAUAGAGGCUUACAUCAAAGCUAAGGAGAAGGUGUUCAUGAAGGAACUCAAUGAUGAGCUCGAGAAGACCACUGCAUCAAUCAACAACAUCAUCGAUGAGAUUGCCAAUAUAAAUGCCUACAUGGACCGCAACAAGCCAAAGGACCAUAAUGGAGAUGAUGUUGGCGUCGAACUUGCGAGCAUGGACAAGUUGGUGCAAUCAAUUCAAUCAUCAAAGUCGAUGGAUCAAUUCAUUGACAAGGAGUUCAUAGCCUUUGAUGACGUAAAAUGGGGCGAUGAUCAAUUGAUGGACUUUGUUCGAAAAGGUUCACAGGCCACUCAGACCGUGCACUCCGUCACCAGACCUAUAAGAGAUGAGUUUGAUUCCUUUGCCAUUGAGAAAGGUAUCAUGAAGCUCUUUAGUGAUCAUGCCUUCUACGAUGAUGAUACAACCAGGAUGGAUCAUGGCUUCAGGAAUCACAUCUUCUCACUCUCCAAAGACUCAUGCUCGAUGCUCGCAUUGGACACUGGUGAAUGGACUGUGAUCGAUGACAAGUGCACACCAAGAGAGGAUAUAUCCACAUCUGUCGUAUACGCACGAGGCAACAUCUAUGUGUUUGGCGGUGAAGGAUCACCCAACACCUAUUCUCGAUUCUCACUCACCGAACAGAAGUGGCAUAAUGACCUGGAGAUCAUUGGUGUCGAUGGUGGCACCGGCAUAUCUGCGUGCUACGAUGGUGAGACACACAUCUACUUGAUCGGUGGACUCCACAAUGGUAGACUGUUGAGUCGAAUUGACUGCUUCAACAUUGACACUCACCAAUUCUCCUCAGUUGGACGGAUGCCUGUGGCGACCAAAGGGUCUUACUCAUUCUUCCUAUACAAUUGGGACCAGCUGUUUAUCAUUGGCGGCUAUGAUGACCAUAUCAGAAAGAGCUUGUACAAAAAUAUCCUGUUGUUUGAGACUAGCACCAAGAUAUGUGAGAACUACAAGCAGAUUGUUCAAAGGAAUGAACACAUACAGGCUUGCUUUGAUGGCACAGAUCAUGUGUUCAUCUUUAGCCAAGGGCCUACCCUUUUGGUCAAUGUAAAGGACAAUGAAAAGCCAACAAUGGAGGUUGAUGUAUCACCAGGCAACUCUCACUGGCCAUACAAAUGGAUAUCACUCCAAGACAAUGACCCAGUGAAGUCAAGGAAAUCCUUUGGAACAUGUCAUAUUUAUCAUUGA